AUGGGUCAACCCGAAACAACACCAGUGUACCCAGUGACAUCUGUCGCCCAAAUGGACUCAGCCCCACCACCAUAUACCGUAGUCGGAAUGGGAGCUGCUCCAGUUCAAGUCGAGAUGCAACCAGUUUACAUGCAACCAGCCUACGUGACUUCUCAACCACAAGUCGUUCAUGCUCACGUCGUUCAACCUGCUCCGACUACAACGACUACAGUAAUCGUCACUCCUCAUUGUAAGGUCGUGCAGUAUGAUAAACCAUACUUGGAGUACUGUCCAAGAUGCCAGACAUCCGUGACAACUCGAACUGUUUAUAGCAUUGGAAUGUGUUGGUGGAUCAUCCUGUGCAUUGGAGUCUUCGUCUUCUGCUGGCCUAUUCUCUUCUGUCUCUGUUGUGCCGGAUCGAAAGAUGUCAAGCAUUACUGUCCAAAUUGUGCAACUCUGUUGGCUGUCAAGAAGCGAGGAUGCUAA